AUAUUGCUUCAUCAGCCGUAAGGUCUUGAACAUCCAACUGAAGAUUUGCUAAAGACUCUGAAAAGCAAGAGUUGUCAGAAUGGCAGACUGUCAGCAAUAUCCUUUUCUCAGCCCAAGCAUCCCAUUCAUUGGUCCACUACUAGGAGGCCUGCAGGAAGGGAAGACUCUUAUCAUAAUUGGACGGGUUUUGCCUAAUGCUGACAAAUUUACUGUGGACCUCCAGCAUGCUACUGGGUGCGGGACUGAUAUCGCUCUGCACUUUAAACCACAUUUUGAUGAUGGACCUACACAUAUUGUGUUCAACACCUUUGAGAAAGGUAACUGGGGGCCAGAAGAAAAGUCUACCUGUCCUUUUGUGAAAGGCCAACCGUUCACCCUUGAGAUCCAUGUUACCAAGGAGGCAUACAAGGUAAGUGUGAAUGGGCAACACUUAGCAGACUAUAAACACCGUAUUUCAUUCACUCUGGUGGACACCAUCUUAGUGCACCAAAUGGUGGAGCUGGAUUUCAUUGCUUACCAGAAACCUGUGACCGUCCCAUAUAAAACCCUGAUCAGUGAUGGAAUGAAGUCUGGCAAAGACAUUGUUAUUCAUGGAGUUCCUAAUGCUGACUCAAAAAGGAUAGAGUUUAAUCUGCGCCACAGAUUUGGGAGUGCAUUUCACUACCAAUGCCGUUUCGAUGAGAACGCUGUUGUGCGAAAUACCCAUGAGAAUGGGAGUUGGGGGCCAGAAGAAAGAGAUGGAGCUGUGCCUUUUAUCCCAGGCCAGUUCUUUCAGGUCAAAAUCUCCUGCAACAGAGAUCAUUUUGAUGUGUUUGUGAAUGGCGAGCAAAUACACACAUACAAGCACCGCUUCACUAAACUGGAGGAAAUCGACGUCUUUGAAGUUUAUGGGCAGCUGGAGCUGUUUUAUGUGCAUGUGUAACUGAUCCAGGUUGAUAUGAAGUGCACAUUCAAAACGUCCACAAAGUUCAUUUCAUAUGAUUCAAGAAAAAUCUGGUGGUCAAUAUCUGUUGAUAAUACAAUAUCUAUUUCUUCAUACAUCUACUCUUUUACACUUCUCUGGAUAUAUCUAUCUGCAUUUAAAUCAAGGUAGAAGUAGAAUGUUUGAAAUUUGUGUGAAAUAAUGUGUACGCUUUCAUUUCUAAUUUAACCUGAGUGUGUGAUUGGUUCUAUGUGACUUUUAUUAUCCAUGUAUAUUUGUUUCUUUUGAAUCGGGGAAUUAAGGGAAAGGUGCAAAAGUGUCUUUAGAGCCUGAUUCUGUAGCCAUAAUGUCUGAGCUCUGCAUCAGGACAAUCACAUAAAUCAAAAAUAAUGAUAUUUGAGGAUUUUUUUUUACCUGAAUCAUAUUAUGUUGAGACUGAAAAUCAUAUUGUUUAUUGAUCAUAUUCUAAUAUUCUCUGUAUACUUAUAUGCAAUAAAAUUAAACCAAAAAAAUUA